AUGACGAACUCUGGAAAGAACUCUCCUUCUCACACAAAUCCCUCUUCGGAGGAGGAUACUCCGGUGGUUAUCCCACCGUUUGAUAACUCUGCUCUGCUCGCAAGGUUCAGGCUCACCCUCAUUGGAAGGACCUUCCACGUCGAUGGUAGGAGCACAGAGGCACUUCUCACUUUCAUUCCCAGAUCCGGUAUUUGGGAAGUUGCUGGACGUGUUCGUGGUGUUGACCUCGGAAAUGGAAGGUUCCAUUUCGACUUUGACUCGGAGGAGGACCUCAAGAAGGUGCUGAAGAAGAGGCCUUACCAUUUUAACAAAUGGACCUUCUCUCUGAAGCGUUGGGAACCAAAAUCUGGGAUGACUUCCUAA